AUGUUUCUGAGUUUCUUCUACAAGUACGGCCGAGCUCACAAGUUAUGUUUGGGUAGGUCACCCGUGAUCGUGGUCUCCGAUCCUGAAAUGAUCAGGGAAAUCUUGGUGAAGGAGUUUUCGAGUUUUCCAAAUCGGCUUGGCUUCACACCUAGGCCGCCCCUCGACUCUGGCUUAUUCGUCUCGCGCGGAGAAUCGUGGAAACGUGUGAGGACCACGCUUACCCCAACUUUUACCGCGUCCAAAUUAAAGCAGAUCGUGCCCAUAAUCGAGGAAAAGUCCGAUCUGCUGUUGAAUGAGAUGCAAAGAUUUUCAGAGACA